GCGGACUGCUCCUGACCCCCGCUGUGCACCAUGCUCUACUUCCAGCUGGUGAUCCUGGCCGGGACGGUGAUGCUCGCCUACUACUUCGAGUACACGGACACCUUCAGCGUGCACGUGCAGGGCUUCUUCUGCUACGACAGUGCGCUCACCAAGCCCUACCUGGGGGGGGAGGAGCGCAGCGCCGUGCCGCCCGCCCUGCUCUACGCCCUGGUGGCCGGCCUGCCCACCCUGAUGAUCAUGGUCACAGAGACGGUCCUCUUUCUGGUACAGUACACGUCCAAAGAGUUUGACCGACUGGAGACGACGGUUGCCACGGGAGACUGCUGCUACCUCAACCCACUGGUCAGGCGCACCUUCCGCUUCCUGGGGGUGUACACCUUCGGCCUGUUCACCGUGGACAUCUUCGUCAACGCGGGCCAGGUGGUGACGGGGAACCUGGCGCCCUACUUCCUGACGGUGUGCAAGCCCAACUUCACGGCGCUGGGCUGCCAGCAGGCGCUGCGCUACAUCAGCCACCAGGAGGCGUGCACCGGGGACCAGGGGGACAUCCUGAGGGCCCGCAAGACCUUCCCCUCCAAGGAGGCGGCGCUCAGCGUCUACGGCGCCCUCUACCUGGCCAUGUACGUGACCUGCACGGUGCGCGCCAAGGGGACGCGGCUGGCCAAGCCCGUGGUGUCGCUGACCUUGGUCUGCCUGGCCUUCCUCACGGGCCUCAACCGGGUGGCCGAGUACCGCAACCACUGGGCCGACGUCAUCGCCGGCUUCGUCAUCGGGGGGGCCAUCGCCACCUUCCUGGUGGUGUGUGUGGUGCACAACUUCAAAGGCAAGCUGCUGCUUGGUGAGGACCCCCCCCCCUCCCCCUCCCAGGACCCCCUGCCUGGUGGGUCGGUCCUCAACAUGGGCCGGGUCGACGCCACCCUGGAGAAGUACAUCGCCUCGCAGAACCACAUCGCCUUCGCUGAGGUCACAUGACGUUGAGUCGGCUGUCCGGGAAACCCACUGGGCCUCCAGCCUGUUCACCAUC